AAAUAACGCUGUAAAGUUAUGGCGUAUGCUUCCAAGUGAAGAAAGAAACUUCCAAAAUACACUCACUCUCAUUCAUCCCUGCCCGUCUCCCUCUUGUCAUCUUCCCCAUCCCCACCCCCUCUUUGCAGUAGAAUUUGUUAGUAUUAUACGAUGAAUAUCCACACAACAAAUCCAAAAAGAAAACCAUUAAUAAUUUUUCCGUCACAAUCCCAUAUGAUAUCUCUAUUGCCACCGUCCCUAACCAAUCAUUCUUUAUAUUCAAUUCCAGCCCCAGCCUCAACACAGCCAUUCUUAUUUCCAACUCCUUAUUAUCACCAUUUAUGACCAGUUAUCAAGCAAUAAAUCCCUCAUUAAUUUACAAUUUCAUUAGCUGAAUAAAUAGUGUAAAUGUGACUAGACUUUUCCGAUCCAGGUCUUGCACAGUUAGCGGUUUAUUUGCUAUCAAAUCAAUGCCGCCGGAAAAAGCCACUUCCCCAAAUAGCCUCUUCGUUUACGAGGACGAAGAACUGGAGGAAGAUGAGGAAGAGGGAUAUUUCAGGGAUUUUAUCAGUGAUGGGGAGUUUGAUAAUCCUGUUACGACGCCGUUUAUAAGCCCGGAUAGGAGUCAUGGGCGGUGGAUUAAGCCCGAAGAUCGAAAUGGGCAUAAUAAUCAGCAAUUCUCGGUUCUUUCGAUGGUGGCGACAGCUCUGCGGCGGUCUCUGGUGACUUGCAGCGUAAAUAGGGAUCACAUGGAGUCUGAUGUGGACAUAGGGUGGCCCACUGACGUCCGCCAUGUCUCCCAUGUCACCUUUGACCGCUUCAAUGGCUUCCUUGGACUUCCUGUCGAGCUCCAGCCCGACUUCCCACGAACACCCCCCAGCGCCAGUGCAAGUGUUUUUGGAGUUUCAGCACAAUCAAUGCAGUGUUCUUAUGAUCAAAGAGGGAACAGUGUGCCAACAAUCCUUCUUAGGAUGCAAAACCAGUUGUAUUCAGAAGGCGGCCUUCAAGCAGAAGGAAUAUUCCGAAUCAAUGCUGCAAAUAGUCGAGAAGAACUUGUCCGCAAUCAACUUAAUAAAGGGGUUGUGCCCCGUGGAAUUGAUGUUCAUUGUUUGGCUGGGUUGAUAAAGGCAUGGUUUAGAGAACUUCCAACUGGAAUUCUUGAUUCUCUGACCCCAGAACAGGUGAUGCAUUGCAACACAGAAGAAGAAUGCUCCCAGCUUGUAAAGCUGCUUCCACCAACUGAAGCUGCAUUGCUUGAUUGGGCAAUCAACUUGAUGGCUGAUGUUGUGCAAAAUGAACAUUUAAAUAAGAUGAAUGCACGCAACAUUGCUAUGGUUUUUGCUCCCAAUAUGACUCAGAUGGCUGAUCCUUUGACGGCAUUAAUUCAUGCAGUCCAAGUUAUGAACUUUCUCAAGACCCUGAUAUCGAAAACUCUUUGUGAAAGAGAAGUGUUAGCUAACACUGAUCGAUUAUUCGCAGCAUAUGCUGAUUCUACUGGCAACAUAGGGGUUGAUCACCCAUCAAACACAAUUGCAACGGUCUUGUACGAGCAGUCUUGUGAUGACUGCUCAUGUUCAAGAUCUGCCUAUGGCAGCCUCUUGUGGAGUGCCACUUUAGAGAGACUGGAAGCUGAUAGCAACGAGAAAUCCUGGAGAUUAAAGAGUAAGAGCGAUGUUGAUGAGAAAUAUGAAUCUGUUGCCAGUAUAAUCUCACCUGAAAACCGCAAAAGACAAACUUUAGAGAAUAGAUUUAGAGAUGAAUAUGACGAUGAGGAAGUUGGAGGGGUAUUCAAUAGGCUAAGUUUGAGAAAAGGAGUGCAAAAACUUUGCAAACAUCCUGUUUUUCAAUUGAGUAAGCCAGUCAAGAAGAAUAGCAGCGUUGGAAUUGUAAAUACUCGAGAAGGAGGUGUUGAAGCUUGCGCAUACAAUGGAUGCAAGCACACAGUUCUGUGCUCUGUACGGGCUGAGUAAAUCUUUUUACAUUAACGGAACAUUCUACCAGUUUAGGUAUGUUGUUUUGAUAAUAAUCUAGUUAGAUGAAGCAUUUGAAGGUGUGUGUGAAUUUUUUUUCAGGUACUAACUGCAGUUUUAUUGAACAUGUACAAGGAUAUGCAUGACAAUAAUUUCAUGCCUAAGAUAAAAUCUAGUAGCAGAAUGCAUUAAAUUUCAUCAUUUGAUGCAAAUUUUAGAUUACAUUAUGUCCAAUAGAUUUUUGGGUAUUUUAAA